AUGGCCUCAACUCGUCAGGUCAAGUCAUGUGGCUAUCUGCUGUUUCGCGUGCCAGACGACUCCAAUGAGCUUGAGUUACUGCUCAUGGUUCACAAACAUCGGUUCGAUCUGCCCAAGGGACAUGUUGAGGACGGCGAGUCCGAGUCGGAGACCGCGGCCCGCGAGGUAAUGGAGGAGACCGCCAUCGACAUUGCCCUAUGCCGGACUCUGGACUUUUGCGCAAGAUCGUCGUACACUACGGCCUACAGGCGCUUUGGUGGUGAGACCGUCCGCAAGACCCUCGUGCUCUUUGCUGCUAUCGUUCCCGCCGCCGCCGCCGACGCCAUCGUGCUCGACGAGCACGCCGACUAUGCAUGGGUGCCGUUCAGUGAUCUCGCUGCCGGCACCUUGAUCACCACCACACAUGGCUCAGAGAGGACAAUGUCUCUCAACAAAUCGAUCCAGGCGGCCGUGGCCGAGGUCGAUCCGGUGCUGCGGGCGGACGGCGAGCUGGCGCCGCUGAUGCCAGACAGGCCGCCACAGACCGCCAAGCCCAAAGCACGCGGCCGCGGGCGCAACCGCAAUCGCAAGAAGAACAACGCCGGUACCGAGGCAGACUCCACUGUUCGUGGACGCGGGCGUGGGCGUGGGCGCGGCCGCGGGCGCAAUCGUGGAAAGGCCAAGGCUGCGCCGGAAGCGCCGUCUGCGCUGGACCCGAGCCUGCGGUCGCUCGUGGUGAGCGUCCGCUCGGCUGACGACUGCUACGACGUGUACAUUGGACGCGCCAACCCGCGGAUCCGUGGUGGCGACGCGCCCAAGUGGGGCAACCCGUUCAAGAUCGGCGGCCCGGACUCGCUCACCCGCGACGACGUCGUCCGCAUGCACCGCGAGUGGCUCUUGGGUCGCAUUGCCGACGAGCCCGGCUUUCUCGACGAGCUCCGGCCUGCCACGGUGACUUUCUAG